AAGCCACCUUGAGCUCCACCGUUUGAUCACAGGCUGCCAUUGUGGGUCACAUUCUAGAAUGCUAGUGUGGAAGUCCCUAAAGAAAGAGCCAGUAAGACAAAUGAGGGUUGACUACAGCAGAAAGGUGGCGGCAGCUCACACCCUGAAGUGGUCUGACCAUUGAAUCAGCUCCACAGCCGGGGUCUCUGCACCUCUUCCCCACAUGGAGUCUCAUUCAAGCUGUCCAUACACUAGUUUACAACGGAUAUGUGUGCAAAUCCCUGUGGAGGAACAUGACAUAGAAACACUCCAUGGUAUAGUCCAUGUCACCAUAAGGGGCUCACUGAGAGGAAAUAAACCAGUAAUCCUGACGUACCAUGACAUCGGGCUUAACCAUAAAUCCUGUUUCAAUACCUUCUUCAACUUCGAGGAUAUGCAGGAGAUCACCCAGCACUUUGCUGUCUGCCACGUGGACGCCCCAGGCCAGCAAGAAGGGGCACCCUCCUUCCCAACAGGGUAUCAGUACCCCACCAUGGAUGAGCUAGCCAAAAUGCUGCCUCGCAUUCUUAUAUACUUAAGUGUGAAGAGCAUCAUCGGGAUUGGAGUUGGAGCAGGAGCCUACAUCCUCAGCCGAUUUGCACUCAAUCAUCCAGAGCUGGUAGAAGGUCUUGUGCUCAUUAACGUUGACCCGUGUGCUAAAGGCUGGAUUGAUUGGGCAGCUUCCAAACUCUCAGGCUUGACGACCAACAUCGUGGACAUAAUUUUGGCUCAUCACUUUGGGCAGGAAGAGCUGAGGACCAACCUGGAACUGAUUCAAAGUUACAGACUACGCAUUGCCCAAGAUAUCAAUCAAGGAAACCUAGAGCUUUUCCUGCGUUCUUAUGAUAGACGCAGAGACCUGAAGAUAAAAAGACCCAAACCAGGCCAAAAUGAUAACAGGCUGAAAACAUUAAAGUGUUCUACUUUACUGGUGGUGGGGGACAAUUCACCUGCUGUGGAGGCUGUGGUUGAAUGUAAUUCUCGCCUCAACCCUAUAAAUACAACUUUGCUGAAGAUGGCAGACUGUGGAGGACUGCCCCAAGUAGUUCAGCCUGGGAAGCUCACCGAGGCCUUCAAGUACUUUUUGCAGGGAAUGGGCUACAUACCGUCUGCCAGCAUGACCCGGCUCGCCCGAUCACGAACAUACUCAGCCCCCAGUAACAUCGGAUCUGAAAAAAUUUAUUUCACCCAACCUGUGACCAGCAGUCAGUCAGAUGGAGCUCAAGAAGUCUGCGGGGUCCCUAAUCUCCUGAGCACACACCAGACCAUGGAGGUGCCCUGCUAAGCAGAUGGGUCCCCCCUGGACCAUGCAAGUCCCUCCUUCAGAUGACCACUCCAGAAUAGAACAUUUCAUCCUGUCAGCUGGCCUCCACUGUCUUUCACUCAUGCAUGGCCACAGCACCUCUCUUACCAGUAGCCUGGACUUACCAUUCUCUCUACACACCCCUUUUUGUCUGUACUAAGAACAACACCCAUGUCAUUACUGUAGCAUUCCAACAUCUUGAUCCGAUCUGAUCUCCAUAUCUUCUCUUGCCAGCCUUUCCCUAUGCUCCCUCAAAUAUGUACCUGACGAGA